CGUGACAGGAAUUUAAUUCCUAUUUUUACAGAUGGAUCUAAAUCUGAUGAUUAUGUUGGCUCAGCCUUCGUCUGCCAUGAUGAAAUCGUGGCAGAACAAAUUGCAUUGAAUUCUUCCAUCUUUUUUGCAGAGUUGCAUGCUAUUUAUUUAGCUUUAAAGUAUAUAAAUAGGAAAGGUCAUCGUUCCUGUGUUAUUUACACUGACUCAGUUAGUGUACUUCAGGCUUUGAUCUCAUGUGAAUUUAGUUCUCACUCUAUAGUGAUUAGAAUUCAUGAACUGUUUUGCCAUCUUACUGCGAGUAAUUUCUUUGUAAAAUUUUGUUGGGUCCCAGGCCAUGUAGGUAUAAAAGGGAAUGAAGAAGCCGACGCAGCUGCAAAGUCAGCUACACCUUUACAGCAUACAAUGCAUGUUGAAGGAGGCGAUUUGACGCUAGUAGUUAAAAAACGACUGGCAGAGAAAUGGCAAAACAUGUGGAAUGUACAAGUCCACAAUAAACUACAUGAGAUCAAGCCAAAUAUAGAAAAUUGGACACACAAUAAACAGUAUGACAGGAGAUCUGAAGUAAUUCUUAGUCGUUUGAGAAUUGGUCAUACUCGGUUGACUCAUCAAUACCUUUUGAAGGGUGAAGACCAGCCAGUAUGUGAGUAUUGCAACUGCUUUCUAAGUGUAAAACACAUGCUUUGCAACUGCACAGCUUUUGAUCAAAGUCAUAGACAGCAUUUUGGAAAUGCAAGUCUGAGAGAGAUUUUGGGCCAGAGGCCAAAUCUUGACAAAUUAUUGAACUUUUUGAAAAUAGAUGUCAGUUCUGAUAUAUGA